UUCGCUUUCCCUCUUUAGGAGGGCCUCAUCCGGUGGCGGUCGCCGACCGCGACGCUUUCGUCGUCUACGGCUUGGACGCGCGUCAGCCGGAAAUUUAUCGCCUUCGACGCGGUUGGGGGAUUGGAAGCACGUUUUGUUGGAGAGUUUGUGAUGGUCCUUUUAUCUGUGGUCGGUUAGGUCACUGGUGUCUUGAACUUUGCUGUUGAUCCUCUGCCUAUUCGUACGGACUUGCAUGGAGACCGUAGUAUCAAUUGCUUCCAAAGUUGUGAAGUCUUAACAAAUUUUGAGUACAAACUCCAUGUAGUUUUUCAUAAGUUUCAUGGUUAUAGAGUUUUUCGUAGUUUUCAUGGUAAUACAAAGGUGCUUGUGCUUACGACUAUUGAUACAAAACAUUCUUUUUUAAGUUGGGAUAAGUAUUGAAGUGUAUUACAAUCAUCUAGAUAUACAAGGCUGUUGUUUCUAACAUUAAUCAUAUUUAGGCUAUUACAAUUAGAUAAAUUCGAUGAUGCAUGACACACGCACAUUGGCAUUUAAAUCUGAUUUGUACAUAUAACUAGCUUAUGAAAAGUGAAGUUUUGAUUUAAUACAUGUUAAAUCAAUCAUUAGAUAUUAUUAGACUAACACAGCAGUGAGAUUCUAAUGAGGAUUAAACAUAAUAUUAAUCUUUUUAAUGUAGGAAUUAUCUGAGAUGUUAGAGAGAUUUAGAUCGUUUGAAAUGCUUCUGUGUUGUCAUUGAAAGUAUGUUAAAUAAGGAUGAAUUAGGUUUUGAGAUGCUUCUUGAUUUAAUUGGGUUAUUUGGAGCAAAAUUUUUUAUAAAAAAAACUCAAUUGUAGAUACAUUUGUGCCCAAAUAUCUUAAACUUAAGUUGGAUUUAUCCAUUGACUUAAAGGUAAUAUAUUAAUUUUCUUUAAGUAGUUUAAUUAUGAGUGAUACUGAUUUAACAUCAUUUUAACAUGAAUCAUAUCUUGGGACCAAAUUUUUUUUAGGGGUAGUAAUGUAAUAACCAGGAUUUUUCCACUCGUCCCAAAAAUAAAAACUUCCACAUUAGGAUUCUACCUUAUAUGAUUAAUCUAUUUCCUUGAUUGAGCAAUCUAAUUAAGGAAAAAAUAAUUAACAUUAUUUAUUCUUAUUUCCUUGACUGUAUAGACAGUUUAGGGAUGAAAGUAAUUGUUGAAUAAUUAAUUAAUUCGAAAAAAAUAUAUUUACUUCGGAACCCACUUCCCUCUCCUAUAUGCUGCCCAGACUUCUCUGUGGUUGAUCAAUAGGGUCAAGCGGAACUUAACAGUACAAGCAGAUUAGAGGGCGGAAAGGGACCUUCAAGAGUCGCAUAUUGGGGCGUGACACUUUGAUUGAGGCGAGGAUGGUGACCGGACACCUUCUUCACCACAAGAAGAGCUCAUGGCCUGCAGAUGAGUAUGUCAGCCAAGCUACGUUGCUGCUGCUGGAUUUCGAUGGUGGCGCCCCACCAGAACAUGCAUGGAGGAGGAGGUUAAACAGUCAUGCUAACAUACUGAAGGAAUUUAGUGUGACAUUCAUGGAGGCAUUUAGAAUGCUGCGCCUUGGUCUUCGUCUUUGGUCAUAUGUUAGAGAGGAAGCUUCUCAGGGAAGGAAAGCACCAAUUGAUCCUUUCACAAAAGAACAAUGCAAACCUACAGCUUCACAAGGAGUGCCACUUGGAGGAAUGGGAAGUGGCAGCAUCUCAAGAGGAUUUAGAGGGGAGUUUAAACAUUGGCAAAUAAUCCCUGGUUCAUGUGAAACAUCCCCUGUUAUGGCAAAUCAGUUUUCUAUUUUUAUAUCUCGAGAUGGGGGGGAAAAGAAGUACUCAUCAGUUUUAGCCCCAGGGCAUCAUGAAGGAUUAAAGAAAAAUGGUGACCUUGGUAUAUCCUCAUGGGACUGGAACUUGAGUGGUCAACACUCCACAUAUCAUGCUUUGUUCCCCAGGGCGUGGACUGUUUAUGAUGGUGAACCAGACCCCGACCUCAAAAUCUCAUGUCGCCAAAUAUCGCCAUUUAUACCUCAUGAUUAUCAUGAAAGUAGUCUUCCCACAGCUGUAUUUGUUUACACACUAGUUAAUACUGGAAAGGAAAGGGCAAAGGUCAGCUUACUGAUGACCUGGGCGAAUUCUAUUGGAGGAGUUUCACAUCAUACAGGUGGCCAUAUCAAUGAGCCUUUCAUAGACGAUGAUGGAGUGUCAGGGGUGCUUCUACACCACAAGACUACGAAGGACAAUCCUCCUGUAACAUUUGCUAUUGCAGCUUGUGAGUCUCAGAAUGUUACUGUUACUGUGUUGCCAAGUUUUGGACUUUGUGGGGAAAAUUAUGUUACAGCCAGGGAUAUGUGGGGCACAAUGGUGCAAGAUGGGCAAUUUCAGAGGGAAAAUUUUGGAGCUGGCCCUUGUGUGCCAUCUUCUGUUGGUGAUACCCUUUGUGCGGCAGUUUCAGCCUCUACAUGGGUUGAACCACAUGGUAGAUGCACGGCUGUAUUUGCUUUAGCAUGGUCAUCUCCAAAAGUGAAGUUUCAGAAGGGAUGUACAUAUCAUAGGAGAUAUACAAAAUUUUAUGGUGCCUCUGAAAGAUCGGCUAUUAACCUAGUGCAUGAUGCAUUAAAGAAGUACAAGUUGUGGGAGGAAGAGAUUGAAAAAUGGCAAAAUCCAAUACUUCAAAAUGCAAAACUUCCUGAUUGGUACAAGUUCACUCUUUUUAAUGAGCUUUAUUUUCUAGUUGCCGGAGGAACAGUUUGGACAGAUGGUGAAGCCCCAAUAAUUGAGGAGAACCUAAGCGCUGCUUCCGACUGCCACGAAUCCACAAAAAGUAAGGAUGAGAAAUCUGUUUCCAAAGAGAGACAUGUUAAUAUGGUUGUGGAGAGAACUUUUACAGACAGCAAUUUGAACAAUGAGGAAUUUUUCUCACCAACUUCAGUACAAGAAUUGGCUGAUAACGAUGAUGUGUGUGUCCCUGAUUCUGCACAGACUGGUAACGUUCUGCAUCAGCAGCACAACCCUGAAAAUGUUGGGAGGUUUUUGUACUUGGAAGGAGUAGAGUACAUUAUGUGGUGUACAUAUGAUGUACACUUCUAUGCUUCGUUCGCUCUUCUGGAUCUUUUUCCAAAAAUAGAGUUGACCAUUCAACAUGAUUUUGCCAGGGCUGUGUUGCAUGAAGACAGAAGAAAAGUCAAAUAUCUGAAUGAUGGUAGCUGGGGAAUUCGAAAAGUCAAGGGUUCUGUUCCCCAUGAUUUAGGAACUCACGAUCCCUGGAAUGAGAUGAAUGCCUACAAUAUACAUGACACCAGUAAAUGGAAGGAUCUCAACCCAAAGUUUGUGCUCCAGGUGUAUAGGGAUUUUGCUGCUACAGGAGACAUGUCCUUUGGACGGGAUGUCUGGCCCGCCGUUUGUGCUGCUAUGGAUUAUAUGGAACAAUUUGAUCGCGAUGGUGAUGGCCUCAUUGAGAAUGAUGGAUUCCCUGAUCAGACAUACGAUGCAUGGACGGUUCAUGGUAUCAGUGCUUACUGUGGUUGUUUAUGGCUCGCUGCACUCCAAGCUGCAGCAGCAAUGGCAGAGCACCUUGGUGACUGGGCCUUUGCUGAAAAAUGUAAGAUUAAAUUUCUGAAAGCCAAACCCGUGUUUGAAGCUAAGUUGUGGAAUGGAUCAUAUUUCAAUUAUGACAGUGGAAACAGCAGCAACAGCUGCUCUAUACAGGCUGAUCAACUGGCAGGACAGUGGUACACCGCGUCUUCACAGUUGCCCCCACUUUUUGACGAAAUUAAAAUUAGAAAUACUCUUCAGACAAUAUUUGAAUUUAAUGUGAUGAAGGUCAGCGGAGGGCGCAUGGGAGCAGUCAAUGGGAUGAACCCAAAUGGAAAGGUUGAUGAAUGUUGCAUGCAAUCACGAGAAAUAUGGACUGGUGUCACAUAUAGUUUGGCAGCCACCAUGCUUCUUCAUGGAAUGGAUCAUGAAGCUUUUACUACUGCCGAAGGGAUUUUCACUGGAGGUUGGUCGGAGGAAGGGUUUGGGUACUGGUUUCAAACUCCUGAGGGAUGGACAAUAGACGGCCGCUACCGUUCACUGAUCUACAUGAGACCACUUGCAAUCUGGGCUAUGCAGUGGGCUUUGUCUCCUCCAAAGACCAUUCUCGAGGCCCCUAAAGUAAAUAUGAUGGAUAAGCUUCUCACAUCAACCCUUAACAUGACAACACUUAAUGAUACAGACAUCCAAAAAAUCGCACCUAAGAUUGGUCGUUUCGGCAAUGCUGUGUUUCACUGUGAAUGCUGAUCGAUCAAACCUUAGGGAAAGUUCACAAAAUGCAUUACAGGAUAGUCGUAGAUUUUUUUUUCUCUUGAACCCUCGAGAAGAGUAUGGGUUUGGGAGUUCUUACAUUGUAAGCUAGGGGAGCAAAUCAAUCAGUAAGUCAUAAAAUUAGCGUCUCACGAUGUCGCAAGUGUAUCAAUGUACAGUUGUUCCAUUUUGCUUUCAAGUUGUAUAAUUUUUGUGGAAGUCACGGGAGCAAACGCAACCGAUAGUUGCAAAGUUGGGAGAAUGCCCUUUUGUUGCUGAUUUGCUCAUAUGUUUCUUCUUGAAUGUAUCCUUACACACUUCAUCAGCGACUGCUUUUGUUUU